AUGCUCUGCCUGUUUUUGUAUCUGACGUACUUCUCCUACGCCAUGUUCCUCCACCACGACGACAGCAGCAGCGGUGGACUGAUCGUCAUCACCGUGAUUAUCAUCUUGGUGCUGCUGGUCAAGGGCGUUUCGAAGCACGAGCCCAUCGCCAGGGUCUGCAAGCUACUGUCGAAACACGCCAAGGCAACCCGUCACCUUACAAGGUAUGUGGUCUCAAAUAGGUCAUUGUGGUUAAACUUGGUCAUUUCAUGUCUUUGAUCUGUUGUUUUUUUUUAAAAUUAAUUGUUUUUAUUUAUUUUACUCGUAUGUCUGUGAAAAAAUAUUUUGUAAACAUUAAUUUAAAAUAAAACAUAUUUACGUUUUUUGUUUUUUUGCUAAGAUAAGAUAAGAAAAUAUAAGAUGAGAUAAGAUUCUUUAUUGAUCCAAAUAAUUUGAAAUGUUAAUAUGCUUUAUUUAAAAAAAAUAUUUUACUUGGGAAAAACGUAAAAUUCGAAGCCUUUGGUUUCAUAGAGUGCCUUAAUACCCUUCAUUACAGACUCCCUUUGCGCAUAUAAAAUGAGUAAAACAGAGUAGGGUUAAACCUGAAAAAAGAAACGCAACAAAACAACGAACGUGUCGGCAGAAAGCCUUCGUCAGCGAACAAAACAACAGAAAUUACGGUAUAAAAAUAAAAAUAAGAAAUAUCCCUUAACAUGAACGUAUUAUCCGUGGGCAGAAAAAGAAAUGUGACAGAAAGUAAUUUAGGGAGAGAUUAAAUAUGGAAGAGCGAAAGAAAAGAGGAGAAAAAAGUCCACUGCAAUAGUUCAGGACAUGGAUGGGCGGAGCUAGGGUCAAGCUGUGAAAAGAAACAUGACAUUCAUCCCAUGUGGCGUCAAAGUACCAUAAGUCAGGAUAAGCCUGUGUUCUAAAUUGACCCGACUGGGUGUGUUUGUGCUAGCCACGAUAGCACUUAUUGAAAAGCCCGUCUUGCCCUGGUGGUCGCUACUACUGAAGUGUUUGGAGACGGGACACUGUUUAUCGUGUGUAAUGUCACGGAGGUGUUCGGUACACCUGUCAGAGAGACGGCAUCCAGUCUCCUCUAUGUACAUCAUCUGACAGCGGGUGCGGACAAUAGCGUAGACAACGUUGCGGCUUGUACAAAGGAAACCGUCGCAUAUCUGAAAACUUCCCUUAAGGAAACGUAUGUGAUGAGUCUGGGAGACAAAAGGGCAAGUGUUGCAACGGCUUCGUCCAUAUGGCUUGUUCCCAAAGUGGGAGGGGGCAGCGUUGAUACGACUGCGCACAAGGAGGUCUCUCAGAUUUUUAUCCCAUCUAAAAACAAUUAGAAGUGGGGAAGAGAAAAUUUCUCUAGUGUCAGUGUCUGCGAAUAGUAUAGAGCGGUGUUUAAGGAAAACACGUUUGGCUAUCAGAUUGUGAGGGUGAUAAGUUAUAAUAAGUUUUGUCUUGUCAACAUUGUCCCUUGACGUGGCCUGAAGGCAUCAGCACGGGUAAUAUUCUUAACCCUUUGGAGGGCUGAUGAAAGUACUGUCUCCGGGUAAGACCUACACCGGAAAAAGUCCAUCAUUUCAAGUGCUUUGUCCCAAAAGUCCUCAUCCGACCGACAUAGUCGACAAAGACGAAGUAAUUGAGAAAAAGGAAUAGAUUCUUUAUGGGACUUAGGGUGGGAUGAAAAGUAGAGUUAGAUAGCUGCGGCUGUCAGUGGGCUUAAAGCUUAAAGUUCGCUGACGAAGGCUUUCUGCAGACACGUUCGUUGUUUUGUUGCGUUUCUUUUUUCAGGUUUAACCCAACUCCGUUUAAAUCAUUUUAUAUUGUGCUAACCUGAUUGCAGUCUUUCCCCUUAUUAUCCCUUUGCGUAAUAGGAACAUUAAGAAUUUUUAAUGAUAUCCUAAACACUGGAACGUUUAAACUCUUUUUUGAUUUUUAAAAAAUAUUUUUUUUUAAAGUUGUUACAAAUAUUAUACGUUAUUUUUUUGACCCAACUCUUAAAAUUAAUUCGUCAAGCCAAGAAUUCUGCUGCUGACUUCACAUCAAACCAGAUGAAAAUACUUUCAUUGUUGACACUGUUGAUAAUAUUGAGACUCACGUGUGGUUCUCCUUUCGUCUAGAUGUCUCAUUCUGGCCUGUGUCGUCAUCACCUGCGUCACUCUGGUCACGGAAGUUGUUCUGGUCCGUCCUGAAAAUCUCAUCUCUCUCACUGGCAUCGCGGCCAUCUUCCUCACAUUUUUCAUAACGUCCACACACCCUCAUAAGGUAUGUGUCAUGAUGAUAGCUGCAUUUUCCUGUCCAAGUCCCCCUCUCUCUCUUUCUUUCUCUCUGCCCCCCUCUGUCUCUCACUAUAUAUAUAUAUAUAUAUCGUUCUCACUCUGUUCACCCUCUGUCUCUCUCUCUCUCUCUCUUCCCUCCUCUCCCUCUCUCUUUCUUUCUCUCUCAAUCCCUCUUGUCUCCCCGACGCUAUGAUAUUGGCCUUUUCUUUUUUCUUGCAUAUUUCUGUCUAUCCCUGGUUCUUAUAUUUAUGAUAGUUUUUUUGUAGCUGUCUGCCUUCUGUCGAUCCGUCUGUCUGCCUGCUUCUAAUUCUCUCUGUAUGUAGUUCUUUCAAAUUAACGAGCUGGGUGACCGAGUGGUCUAAACUGACUCAAUCCAAAUAGCUGGUGGUCUGGAGUUUAAGCCCCACCAAAAGCCAAGACAAGCAACAACAAAAUAACAACAACAACAACAAAAACAACAAGAUCAUCCCUUGCACCCGGUUGGUGGGACUUGUUAGCUUUGGACGGCAACUCAUCUAAGACGGCAAACUCUGAGAUCAAACCAGGAGCCAUAAUGAUCAAUACAUUGAUCGUGGGCCCUUAUAAUACAGAAGAAGAUAUACAUACAUAACCACGGGAUCUAUAAGUCUCAUGUUAUUAAUCUUAUCAAGCGAAGUCUACAUGUUUAGUCAUUAAAAUAAACUUUAUUUAAUUUGACCCAUGAAGUAUUUGAACAAAAAUGGGAGAAAAAACCCAUCAAGUGUUUUUCCUUCUGAAAUACAGAUCUCAUGGCAGCCGGUGAUUAGUGGACUAUUCUUGCAGUACAUAUUCGCCCUGACCAUCCUACGCAUGCCAGCUGUACGCGGCGUAUUCCACUGGACAGGUGGCGUGAUCACCGUGCUGGUCGGGUUCUCGAAGGAGGGAGGCCGCUUUCUGUUUGGGGAGACCUCCAAGUCUGGUGGCUUUGUCUUCCACGUUAGUAGCUAGUGUUGUGUUGUUUCAUUGCAGAUAAACACUAGCAAAAAUAGCCGAGUAUAACACAAUAGAAAUUUAAAUAGCAAAUUGUAUUAUUGUGAAAGUAUCAGUUGUUUCAAAACAAACAAAUACCUAUUUUCCCCCCUUUCUACUACAAAUAUCUUUGUUCAUAAUAUUUAAUAAGCUGCAUCCAUUAAAACUCUUGAUCUAAUCCUCACCGCUUGUCAUUGUCUCCUUCAGCUCGUUCCCCUCAUCGCUUUCAUUGUCGCCUUGCUCGCCAUCCUGGAGUACUUAGGAGUACUGCACGCCCUUCUGAAGAUUGUUGGAAGGUUCUUGGCAUUUUGCACGGGGGCGUCACCAGCGGAGGCUCUGAAUGCCUCGGCUAAUAUAUUCAUGGGACCUGUGAGUUAAAAUUAUAUUUUUGAACAGUUACUGUGUUUUAUAGCCUUCGUGCUAUUUAAGUGCCUAUGCGCUAUUGUUUAUUUUUUUUUAGAUAAAACAUGGCAAUAGUCAGUCAUGCAAUUGUUUGCCAGAGUUUGGUUUUAUUACAGGCAGUAUCAGUGGUAAUAAAUAACUAGUCUUCAACCCAUUACGAGCUACGAUAUUUAACAUAUUCUUUAUAUAUUAAAAAAACCGAUUGCAUUAUAAUAUCAAUAAUAAUAAUAAUUCUCGAGUGGAUCUUUCUUGUCCACCUGCUAUCAUGGCGCACCAUGAUGCGCUCUCAUUCGCUGCUUCCCCUGUUGUAAGCUUGAUAACGUACGCACCAAAUGCACACCAAAAAAAAAAACCCUCCAAAAUAAAUACAAAUAAGCAUCGGUGAAUGUAUGGAGCGUCAUCUGGAAUUAUUGUUACAGAUUAUUCACCCCUUCCCGUAUCUUACACGCCACCAUGGUUGUGUUUAUAUAUACAUACAUGUAAGUGUAAGAACAGAGACACCAUACGGAUGAUCUGAUUUCUUGUGGGUUAUUCUUAAUGUUAUUUGAAAUUUCGUGCCUGAAUGCAUAUUAAUUCCAUGCAAUCAUCUGACAGGUCGACUCCGUCAUGAUAAUCCGACCCUACCUCAAGCACGUGACACCCUCGGAGAUUCACUGUCUCAUGGCCAACGCCAUGUCAACGGUUACCGGUAGCAUCAUUGGCUUGUACAUUGUGUUGGGGGUAAGUUUAGUUUCAUGAAGCCUUCGUCUUUAAAGUUAAUGCAUGCGUUGUUUGAGCUUAUUGAUUGGCGUAGACGGCGUCAUGUAGAAAUUGGAAUGCAUGAAAUUUAUGCGAUUAAUCCUGUUUCAGAAUUUCAAGGCAGUUCUCGACUUAUAAAAAAAAUAAUAAAAUUAUCACCAUUUAAAAAAUAAACAUGUCACACCCACGCCUGUUUGGAGAUCUUUUCGGUUUGAGACGCAGAGUUUUGUUGCAUUUAUUUUAAGAGUUAUAAUAACCCUGUGUAAAUUUGAAGACCUCGUGAAUGCGAAAGCCUCCCCCCCCCACCCCUCCACUGCACAAUAGCCCACCUGACCCACGUCAGAUUGGUUCUUACUUAAAUCGUAUAGAAUUUUCGCAGAAUGCAAAUUAAUGAAGUAACCAAAUAUUUCCUUCAACUGGACAGAUCUCGGCCGACCACUUGCUAGCCGCGUCGGUCAUGUCUGCUCCCGCGGCCCUUUCUGUGGCCAAGCUGGCAGUGCCAGAGACACAGAAACGUUUGGGGAAGACUCUUGAGGAGGAUAUGGACCAGACCAAACGGUAUGGCGCUGAGUUGUUAACAUAUAGAACUUCAUAUAGACAGCUGUGUCUUUACACUUGUCAGUUUCAACAAAAACCACGUUUAAAAAAAAAAAUGCGGUAUCAUAAAAUUUUACAGACUUUUGAAAGCUUGUGUGAUGCUUUUUUUUUAAAAAAUCAUUAGGUAUCGAAGUGUAAUGGACGCUGCCUCAAGUGGAGCCAUUAGCGCCCUGACUCUGGGUGGCGCGAUCAUCGCGAACGUCACGGCGGUCAUCAGUUUUAUGGAAAUGAUCAACGCGACCCUCAGGUGGCUCGGUGGUCUGGUGGACGUCAAGAACCUUACAUUGCAGGUGUGUGUGUGGGAAGGGGGGGAUUGGGGGACGGGCGGGGGUUAAUGCACGGUCGUGUGGUAGUACGUGGGAUAGCACGUUCAUUUUAGCUUGUCCAGUUUUAUAGUAAAUGAUGAUGCUUUUUUUAAAACAAUGUGUCACGUACGUACCGUUUGUACGUUGUUGUUUUUUUGUGUGUAAAGUUUUAUCUGCUUUAAGACUUUGCGACUUUGCUCGUUAGAUGAACAAUACGUAACAAAGGAUCGAACACCUGGAUAUAAAGAAAAGCGAUACCAAAGCUAGUGACACUAACACUAUUCAAUUUAAUGGUACUAUUAAAGAAUACAAAGUCAAAUAAGCAUAAAUAAAUACAUUUAUCUAUCUAUAUAUAUAUAUANCACACACGCACACACACAUAAAGAGUACAAUCUUUUAAGUUCAUUACGUUUUGUAAAUGUCUAGGGAAAAUAGCGAACAACUCUUCCGGCUUGGAAAGCUGUCGCCUUAUUUAUGGGUUGAAAGUUGGAACCUCCCUUAAAAGAAAUGAUAGAAAUUGAAUUACCUGGUAGCAUUAUUUAGAAUAAAUUAUUCGUAUUCGAGCGUAAACAACCUUUUCCCAAUCGAGGGAGGGGUGGGUAAAAGUAAUGUCGCUACACGCUUAAUCGGUGACGUCAAAAUCAUUACACAUUGGGGGGUAGGUAGGUGGGAGGUAAGCUUGAAUGCCGCGGCUUGUGGUGAAUAAAAACUAGGUUAGCAAUUGUCUUAGGGGGGGGGGGUUAUUAAAAUCAAAUAUUCUGUUAGAUGUUUUAAUACUGGGGUGGAGUAUGGGGUGGAUUAAAAUAUAUUUUAAAUUCCCGAAUAUCUUUAAGAUUUGAAAUUAAUAUAAAAAGAGGAAAUUUGAUAAAUGUUGUAAAAUGAGAAUUAAGGAGAGUGUCUAGAAAAGUGUGUAUACAAUAAAAAAUAUGUUAAAAGUAAAUAUUUAAGUAAUUUACUUUAAUGUCUUUUCAUGAAAUUUAGAGAUAAUUUUAACUUAAAUCAUUUUAUCCUCAUUAAAAUUUCCCCCUUGUCUACUCGUCUCCAUCGUCGCAGUGGAUCUGCUCCUACCUGUUUUAUCCGCUGGCCCUGUCCCUGGGCGUGGACGUUCGCGACGGUCGCCGAGUGGCCGAGCUGCUGGGCAUCAAGGUGUUCAUCAACGAGCUGGUCGCCUACGCCAAGCUGGGACAGUUCAGGAAGAACCGACUCCUGCACGAGGAGUACGUGAGUCAGAACCUCACCAAGUGGUCGGUAGAUAACGUCACAGGGGACGUGUUUCUUCCAGUGUGGAAUGUGACCCUCCAAGAGGGAUUUCUUUCUGUGAGACAAUGGACGAUUAUUUGUCAUAGCAAUUUUUUUUAAAGGUUUUCAGUGAAAGUGAUUUUAGUAAAAAAAUAUAUAUAUAUAUUUAAAGUUUUCUUUUAGUGAAUAGGAUUUUAGUUUAAAAAAUAAUAUAUUUUUAUAGGGUCUUAGUGAAAGGGAUUUUAGUAACAAUGUAAUACAUUUUUUAAAGGGUUUUCUUUCUGUUGAAGAAAAUGGAAGGGGCAAAAAUUCGUGUAUAAUUCAUUGACAUUUUAAUCAUAAGUCUUUACAAGAGACUAAUAUUUUUUUUUUAAAAAUUGCGAAUCCCAUCUACAUACAUAGGAGCCAUAAUGAUCAAUACAUUGAUCAUGAGCCCUUAAUAUAUAGAAGAAGCAGAAGUGUGUGUGUGUGUGUGUGUUUUUUGUGGCAAUCGAAUAUUCAUACAAAUGGCUAAGGUUAAAUAUAAAUGUAUCCAGAGAGAAUUUUAGAAGGCAUAUAUUUUUAAGGAAAUGAAAUAAGAUCAUUUAUAGCAAAAGAGGCUAAUUUUAAUCUGUUCGAGCAAUGCAUUUUAUUUCCCCCCAAAGAACCUGACAAGACUUAUUACCAGCUUUAUUCUUGAAUCCCACGUGACAGUGGCGUAGCUAGGGUAAGGACCGCCCCGCGUGGGUUAAGAUUUUGGACGCCUCCUCUCUGAACAAAACUCUGCAGUUUUCUGAAAAUGCCGCCGCACAUUAGAAAGAAGAGGGACCCGUUCGGGGCGAAUCGCCCCACUCUUCUUACGCCAUUGCCCUCAUUAAUCCACAUUUAUUUAUUUUCAUAACAUUAAGACAAUUUUAUAUCUGUUAUGCAAAUAUCUAUUUGAAUUCUGUGCACCUUCCUCUUGCUGUCCUCUAGGAUACUAUAUUGCAUCUAAGGGUUAUUAAAAAAAAAAAAAUAUUUUAACUUAAGUGUUCCCACCGAUGCUUUUUUUGCCUGGUUGCAUCUUAUUUUUGGGGUUUUCCCAUACUUUAUUUCGCUCAUUUCCUUUGCAGUCUCUCACCCUUAUUACUUAUAUAGUUUUUUUGUGUUUUUUUUUUUUUUUGGGGGGGGUGGCAGAUGAGAUCUGAGGUCAUCACGACUUACGCUCUGUGGGGCUUUGCCAACUUUAUCAGCGUCGGCGUCAUCGUGGGGUGCUACCUUGUGCUGGUGCCUCAUCAAAAAAUGGUCGUGUUUAAGUACGUCAUGCGUUCUAUGUUGGUCGGGCACUGUGCCAGCCUUCUGACGGCUUGUAUCGCAGGUCUG